GCACCGGGGAAGAUGGCGGAGGCCGCGGAGACGGAGAUGGAGCUGGGGCCGGCGGGCGGCGGCUCUCAGCCCGCCGCCGCCUUCAAGCGCCCGGAGCUGCCGGCGCCGGCGCCGCGCGGCCCCGAGGGCGGCGCGCCGGGGCCCGGCCCGCCGCGGCCGGCGGCGGGGGCGGCAGCGCCGGCGCCGCGCUACGAGGAGCCGGCGUGGGGGAGCCGGCCGCCGGGCGGCGCCGGGUACGCGCUGGAGGUGCUGAAGGGCGGCGUGGCGCGGGGCUCGGUGCGGCUGGAGGGCGGCAGCUGGUUCCUGGUGGGGCGGCUGCCCGGCUGCGCCGUGGCCCUGGAGCACCCGUCGGUGUCGCGGCACCACGCCGUGCUGCAGUACCGCGGCGGCGCCGCCGAGGACGCCGCCGCCGCCGGCUUCUACGUGUACGACCUGGGCAGCACGCACGGCACCUUCCUCAACAAGGCGCGGGUGCCGCCGCGCACCUACUGCCGCAUCCGGGUGGGCCACGGGCUGCGCUUCGGCGGCAGCUCCCGCCUCUUCCUCCUGCAGGGACCUGAAGAGGACCAGGAGUCUGAGUCAGAACUAACUGUAACUCAGCUGAAGGCACUGCGCAAGCAGCAGCAAGCAAAAUUAGAAAAGACAAUGUUGGGGGAGGACUCUGACGAGGAAGAUGAGAAAGAAGAGAAGAGAAAUGAGAGCAGUCAGAGCAGUGAUAUGAGCUGCUCGUGGGGAAUGGGGGAGGAUGCUGAGGAGGAUGAAACUGAAGAAAACCCUAUCGCUAUUGAAUUUCAGGAGGUACAAGAUGCCUUCUAUAUGAAAGAUCCUAGGAAGGCCUUACAGGGCUUUUUUGACAGAGAAGGAGAAGAGCUAGAAUAUGAAUAUGAUGAUCGUGGGCACAAUAGCUGGCUAUGCAGAGUCAAAUUGCCUGUGGAUGAUGCAUCAGGGAAGCAGCUGGUGGCAGAGGCUCUCCAUACAGGAAAGAAAAAAGAAGCAAUGAUACAGUGUGCACUGGAAGCUUGCAGACUACUGGAUGCUAGAGGAGUACUGCGGCAAGAAGCAGUAUCUCGCAAAAGGAAAUCAAAGAACUGGGAAGAUGAGGAUUUUUAUGAUAGUGAUGAUGACACCUUCCUUGAUCGAACUGGUGCUGUAGAAAAGAAGCGAUUCAACAGAAUGAAAAAAGCUGGUAAAAUAGAAGAAAAACCAGAUACUUAUGACACCCUGGUCACAAAAUUAAAUGAAGCUGAAAAUGAACUUUCUGAGAUAACAGAGAGGCUGAAGGCUUCAGGGAAAGUCCAGUCCCAGCCACCAGCUCAAGAUUCUUUAGAUGAAUUCAUGACUGAAAUGAAAUCUGGAUGCAGCUUAGACAGUGUUACACGGAAGAAACUUCACUUGCGGUCUUUUGAACUGAAGAAAGAGCAACAGAGACUAAAAGGGUUAAUAAAGCUUGUUAAACCUGCAGAACUGCCUGAGCUGAAGCUCAAGAGUGGGAGUUACAAUCUGGAAGCAGAGAGCAAGCCUAAAAAGAUUACCCUGCCUCUGUUUGGUGCAAUGAAAGGGGGGAGCAAAUUCAAGCUGAAAACUGGAAGCCUAGGGAAGUUGCCUGUCAAGCGUCCAGAUAUCCCAGAAAGCUUGUUAAAAAUGAAAGAUGAUGGACCGGAAGAGGAGGAAGAAGAGGAGGAGGAAAUGGAAGAGGAACAAGAAAUAGAAGCAAUAAGCAGCAGAGCAUCAAACCUAGAAAUGAAAAUGACAGCAGAGGAAGAAACAGGAAAAGAGACUUGUUCUCCUUGCAAGAUCAAGAAUCUGGAAUCCUUUCAGGAUGGAGUUCACUUCCUGCCUGAGCCAAAGAUACUGAGGAAUAAGUCUCAGAUGGGACCCUCACAAGAGAAAUCUCCAGCAUCUGAGACAGCAUGUAAGGAACCUGAAGAAACAUCUGAGAGAGUUAAGAAAAACAGCUCAAGUAAGGUCCAACCAACAUUUUUUUCCUCACAAUAUCCAGAUGAUGACCCAGACUACUGCAUAUGGAUUCCUCCUGCAGGUCAAAGUGGUGAUGGCAAGACUCACCUGAAUGAAAAAUAUGGCUACUAAGAUUCAGACUCCAGAGAGUGCUCUGAGGUUCAAAGGACUGUUCUACUUCGGACUCUUUCUGCACAUCAAGUGAGGAAUAAAAGUUGUUUUUUGAGACGCUGUUUCAAAUUCAAGAACAUCAGCAGCCAUUCUGCUUUCCUUUUGGCAUCUGUUGUUUAUUUUCAAAAAGACUUUUUAAAGAUUCCUGACCCUUGCCCACACAUUCUUCUGCCUCUUCCUUGCAAUUUUAACCAUGUCCUUUUCAUUUAGUGUGGACCUGUAGAUUCAUUUUCCCCCCUUGUAUAUAACAAAGAUAGUUAAAGAAAAAUGCCCUCGGUAUACUUACAGGCCUGAUACAUUUUAUUAAUGCUGGUUUUAUGCAAUUAAAAUGAAACGUUGAUGUUA